AUGAAGGGUAGUAGAAGUGAACCUCAACAACAUGAAGAGGUUGAAAUGACUCCAAUUGAGAUGGAUACUACUCAAAAUGAUAUGCAAGCUACUCCUAAUGAUGUUGAAUCCAGUAGUGUAGGGGAUUUUAGUCAGUAUAUGCAAGUUACUCCACCUAGAAGUUAUGAAGGUGAGGAAGGUGUUGUGGGUGAGGAUGCUGUUAUGGGUGGGGAGGCUGAGGAGGGUGGUAAUGUUCAAGAUGAUGAAGUUAUUCCUAAUGUCCAAGUUGAUGAUGAUGUUCAAAUUUAG